GCGGGGGGAGCCCGAGCCCGGCGCCGCGGCCGCCGAGGCUUCCGUCUCUCCGGCUCGCGCAGCGGCGGCAGCAGAGGUCGCGCACAGAUGCGGGUGCGCCCGGCGCGGGGAGGAGGCGGAGGAGGGAAGGAAGCCGCCUGCAUGAGACCCACAGACUCUUGCCAGCCGCAUGCCCUGUGUGGAUGAAAGAUGUAUUAUGGAAUGAACCCGAGCCAUGGAGACGGAUUUCUAGAGCAGCAGCAGCAGCAGCAGCAGCAGCCUCAGUCCCCCCAGAGACUCUUGGCCGUGAUCCUGUGGUUCCAGCUGGCCCUGUGCUUCGGCCCUGCACAGCUCACGGGUGGGUUCGAUGACCUCCAGGUGUGCGCUGACCCCGGCGUCCCCGAGAAUGGCUUCCGGACGCCCAGCGGAGGGGUUUUCUUCGAAGGCUCCGUCUCCCGCUAUCAUUGCCAGGACGGAUUCAAGCUGAAGGGCUCUACGAAGAGACUGUGUGUGAAGCAUCUCAAUGGGACCCUGGGAUGGAUCCCGAGCGAUAGAUCCAUCUGUGUGCAAGAAGAUUGCCGCAUCCCUUUCAUCGAAGAUGCGGAGAUCCAGAACAGGACCUACAGACACGGAGACAAGCUGAACAUCACCUGCCACGAGGGAUUCAAGAUCCGGUACCCCGACCUGUACAACCUGGCUUCCUUAUGUCGCGACGAUGGGACGUGGGACAACCUGCCCAUCUGUCAAGGCUGCCUGAGGCCACUGGCCUCUUCCAACGGCUACGUGAACAUCUCCGAGUUCCAGACCUCCUUCCCGGUGGGCACGGUCAUCGCCUACCGCUGCUUCCCGGGGUUCAAGCUCGAGGGGUCGGAAUAUCUCGAGUGCUUACACAACCUUAUCUGGUCGUCCAGCCCACCGCGGUGCCUUGCUCUGGAAGUCUGCCCGCUCCCUCCCAUGGUGAGCCACGGCGACUUCGUCUGCCACCCGCGGCCUUGCGAUCGCUACAACCACGGGACCGUCGUGGAGUUCUACUGCGACCCCGGCUACAGCCUCACCAGUGACUACAAGUACAUCACCUGCCAGUACGGGGAGUGGUUUCCUUCUUACCAAGUCUACUGCAUCAAGUCAGGUGAGCCGCCCGGGCCCCGGGGCCAGGCCCACAGAAAUGACACUGUGGGUUAG